AUGUUAGCAACAACAGCACCAAACUCUUUAGUCAUGAACCCAACUUCAAUGUUAGUAGAGAUGAAAAGCUUCAUUCCUUCUUCAUAUACUUUCGAAACAGAAAUCCAGAAGAUAAAGCAAGAACUUCUCCAAGGAGAUUUAGACUGUAGUGCAAAAGAUGAAACAAAUGAACAGUAUCUUUAUGAAAUGCAGGAUAUUAUUGACCAUUUACCUAAACUUCCUGAAAUCCAACAACAAAAGCUUACUAUUCCAGAAUUCGAUGAAAUAGAAGUCAAAGCAACUGACUCAGUAGAAAUAAAGAAGUUCAUACGUAAGGUAAACUAUGAGUUUCUUGGAUUUCAUUGCAACCACAAAGUCAUGGACAAAGAUUGCGAUAUGGUAUAUAAGAACAUCUCUGACAUAUACAAAUCUGGGGAGUUUAAGACCUACGACAA